CGGAGCGGGUCAGGCCUGGCGCGGGAGGGAACGAAGCAGCGCAAACAGCGAGCGCACUGCCGCCCCAGGAUGCAGCACCGAAGCUUCCUUCUCCUCUCUCUCCUUGCUCUGUUGGCGCUCACCUCCGCGGUGGCCAAAAAGAAAGACAAGGUGAAGAAGGACUGCCUGGGGAUAGAGUGCGCGGAGGAGUGGGCCCGGGGGCCCUGCACCCCCAGCAGCAAGGAUUGCGGCAUGGGUUUCCGCGACUGCUGCUGCGGGGCCCAGACCCAGCGCAUCAGGUGUAGGAUCCCCUGCAACUGGAAGAAGGAGUUUGGAGCCGACUGCAAGUACAAAUUUGAGAACUGGGGUGCGUGUGAUGGGGGCACUGGCACCAAAUUCCGCCAGGGCACCCUGAAGAAGGUGCGCUACAAUGCCCAGUGCCAGGAGACCAUCCGCGUGACCAAGCCCUGCACCCCCAAGACCAAAGCCAAGGCCAAAACCAAGAAAGGGAAGGGAAAGGACUAGAGGUCAAGCCUGGAUGCCGAGGAGCUCCUGGUGUUACCUGGGGCCUGGCCCAAGCCUUCCCUCUCCCUGGCCUGAGAUAUGACCCGCCAGUGCCUUCUGUCUGCUUGUUAGCUUUAAUCAAUCAUGCCCCGCCUUGUCCCUUUCACUGCCCAGCCCCACCCCUAAGUGCCCAAAGUGAGGAGGGACAAGGGAUUCUGGGAAGCCUGAGCCUUCCCCAGAGCAAUGUGAGUCCCAGAGCCCACUUUGUUCUUCCCCACGAUUCCGUUACUAAGAAACACAUUAAAUAAACUGAAUUUCCCCACCCCCCCCAAAAAAUGAAAAUCAC